AUUUGUUAUGGGUAAAUAACCCUAACCCAAAAAUUUUUAAGUCCAAAAUAAUGAAAAUUAUAGUAUUACAAAAAAGAAGUUUAGAGGACGGCCUCCUAAACCUCCAUAGACUAAAGAGCCUUAUUAAGAUUAAAAGAUUUGUUGGUUUUCAGCAGAUGAAUCAAGAAAGAUAAUAGAAAUUUUAGGAACUAAAUGUUAAAUUUUGUAUAAAUGUUUAAGUGGAAAAUCUGCAAAUAAUUUCAAGAAUAAAAUAUGGUCAUCGGCAAAUAAUUAAAUAUCGUUUAAUGAUUUUAAAUCCUUCCGACAAGAAUUUGCAAAAUAAAUGACUGUAAUAAAAUGUCAUCUCAAUUAUUUUAGGAGCUUCAGAACAAAUUAUUAAUAAAACUUUAAGAAUAUUUUUAAAUUGAAUUAGUUGAUGGAGAUAAAUAAAUGGAUUAUUUUUUUUUUUAAAAUAAUACUAAAAAAGAACUAAAUGAUACUACAACUUCGAAUCAAUCAAAUACAUUUCUAGAUUUAUUACUACCUUAUAUUCAUAUAGAUUUUAUAUGUACAUUACAAGAAUUGAUAUAAAUUUAUAAUCAACCUUAAAAUUUAGAUUGUUAAUAAUAAAUUUCGUAAAAUAGAGAUCUUUAUAACAUUUCUAAAGAUUCUAAACAUAAGCAUUUAGGUUGUUGGGCUUUCAUUUGUGCUUGGGGAAAAGAUGCUAAAGAUCAUAUAAAAAAAUUAUAAAAAAUAGGUAAAUUUAAAUUAUAUAAAUUUAGAUGACAUUCCUGAAAAUUAAUAACCUGAUUAACCUAUAUCAUUAAUAGAAUUAAAAGAAUAAUCUGAAAAGAUUUUGGAAAAAAAAGAAAAAGAAAUAAAUAUUAAUAUAGAAAAUUUGAUUCAAGCGUAUCAAUAGGAAUUAGAAAAAGAAAUAGAUGAUUUAGUAGAUUAAUUUAGAUAAGGAUUAGGAAGAUAAACUAAUUGA